AGAGCAGCAGCGUUUGCAUCUUGCUGUUAAUCCCGUUCGUGUGCGGUCAUGACAGCAGAGGCACAAAGAUGGAGAUGAUUCAUGCUGUCCGCGGGCUCGUCCGGUCGUUGCUCUUUCUGCUGUUGUGGUCCAGCUGUGAAGGACGAGAAUCGGAGCUUAACUACGUGACCUGCGGCUCUCUGGUGAAACUGCUCAACACCAGACACAACGUCCGGCUGCACUCCCACGACGUCAAAUACGGUUCAGGCAGUGGACAGCAGUCUGUAACUGGAGUGGAGAAUGCAGAUGAUGCCAACAGCUACUGGCAGAUUCGUGGGAAGCCUAACCGUCCAUGUCAGCGGGGCGUGGCCAUCAAGUGUGGUCAGGCCAUUCGCAUCACACACAUGAAGACCGGCCGAAACCUCCACACACACCACUUCAGCUCUCCUCUGUCUAAUAACCAGGAGGUGAGUGCUUUCGGAGAGAACGGUGAGGGUGACGACCUGGAUGUGUGGACGGUUCAGUGUGAAGGCGUUCACUGGGAGCGCGAUGAGGCUGUGCGCUUCAAACACGUGGGCACUGAUGUCUUCCUAAGUGUGACGGGCGAGCAGUAUGGCCACCCCAUACGUGGACAGCGGGAGGUGCACGGCAUGAGCUCCCCAAAUCAGCACAACUGGUGGCGUACUAUGGAGGGUGUUUUCAUCCAGCCCAGCCAGGAACCAAUGCGCCAUGACGAACUCUGACAUCAUUAAGAGAAGCUAAGCAUGGACAUGCUUGGGCCUGUGACUUGAGUGAUGACUCAUCCCUGUACAUGUGAAGCACUCAGGGUGUUUUGAGACAAGAAUUGGGUGGGUGGGCAUUAUUUGAAAAUGAUCAAUUAUACUGUAUAUAAAGUGUGUUCUGUCAGUUUCUUCCUUAGAGAAUAAUAUGAGGGAUAAAAGUCAAGCCUUGGGUAAUACACAAGGAUAGCUAUAGUCCUGAAAGGCCUGUCAUUGGAUUAAUUUUGUCCAGAAAUACACAAAACAUGUCAGCAGAUAUGAUGACAUGUACUGUGUAUAAUAAAACCUUUCUUAAAUUCA